CCUCGGGCGCACAGAGCAAGAAAGACUUGUCGUUUCUUUCGAGGCAAAAGCUUAGAAAGAGAGGGGGCCACUGAGAUUUGAUUGGCGGAGGAAGGCAGAGCCAGAAACACUGUGGGCAGGAAACGGGUCGAAUUUCAGGGGGGGGGGAGAGAUUGUGUGUGGAACGUAAGGAGGAGAAAAAAUGUAGUCAACCUGACAAAGCGUCUGAGAACAGUACUAGGAUUGUUUGGGAAGAAGACGCUCUGCCGCGAGGGAUCAUAUAUUGAUGGAUUCUAUGUUUUUGGAGAGUUGAUGUUCUUUUUUUUUACCCAUUAGUUCAUCAUAAAUUGCAAGCCUUUCGUUUGGAUGAAGAGUGCGCUCGCUCUGGAACACUUGAGUUGACUAGCAACUUGGUGAAGAAGUUUCAGGGAGCUAUGUUUUUCUAGUUAUUUUUCAAGGAUAUGGAUUUCAAUUCUGAUUUUUUUUUAAGUGCAAUGGAACACCAAUGAUUUCGUGAUUUAAUAAUAUAUUUUCAGUGAUUGUAUUUGUUGCUCGUCCAAUUUGGGGAUAGUAAAAAAAUCGCUGCUUGGCAUUUUUGGUGCAGUGGGGUGAAUUCGCUCCAUCGGGACUAGGCUACACAUUCCUCUCGAUUCGGCCCAUGCACUCGCCUCCUGCCCCGUCCGUGCAUGCGAAUCGGAGGUCUUCCAGACUUUAGGUAGUUAUUCGUGCCUUUCCUCAGCCCAGGAUAUUGGGGGAAUUCACAGUGAGUGACAGGCCGGACAGCCUGCAGUUGAUGGUUGGGUGGAGCCCCUCAGAUGGGAUCAGUGUCCAGGGGGAGGCAGAGCCUGAGGAGGAGGGGAUGGGGGGGAGACUCACCCUCCACUAACGGGAUGGCCUCGUGGGCCUGGUUGCUCACCGCCGUCCUGCUGUCCCUAGCAACGGCUACUUUGGCAAGGCCGCCGUACACUGCCGCCGAGGAAGAGGAGGCUACGCUAGAACCUGAAGAGCCUCCGACCAAAUACCAAAUCUCUAAGCCCACCGUGUGCUCGGUGCACCCGGGGGAACUGCUGAAGCUCAGUUGCCUUCUGGCCGGGGAGGCUGGGGCCAUCACCUGGACUAAGGAUGGUUCCUCUCUGGGGGCCAACAACCGCACCCUGAUAGAGCAGGAGGUUCUGCAGAUCCGCGACGCCACUCCCAAGGACUCGGGGCUGUACGCUUGCAGCACUGUGGGUCCUCAGGGCAGCGACACGCUCUGCUUUAUAGUGAAUGUCACAGAUGCCAUCUCGUCUGGGGACGAUGAGGACGACACAGAGCGAUCGGAGGACGUGGGGGCGGACGGAGAGCAGAUAAGGGCGCCCUAUUGGACGAUGUUGGAGAAGAUGGAGAAGAGGCUGCACGCGGUGCCUGCUGCCAACACAGUCAAGUUCCGCUGUGCUGCCGGGGGCAACCCACGUCCUAAGAUGCGCUGGCUGAAGAACAGCCGACCAUUCCGACAGGAGGACCGCAUGGGCGGGUAUAAGGUGCGUCACCAGCACUGGACCCUGAUCAUGGAGAGUGUGGUGCCGUCAGACAAGGGCAACUACACUUGCCUGGUGGAGAACUCAUAUGGCGCCAUCAACCACACCUACACCCUGGAUGUAGUGGAACGGUCCCCUCAUCCGCCCAUUCUCCAAGCAGGGCUGCCGGCCAACACCAGUGUGCAAGUGGGGGAGGACGCACGCUUCGUGUGUAAGGUGUACAGCGAUGCUCAGCCCCACAUCCAGUGGCUGCAGCACAUCCAGAAGAAUGGUAGUCGCACUGGCCCAGACGGACACCCCUACGUCCGCGUCCUAAAGACCGCAGGUGUUAACACCACGGACAAGGAGAUUGAAGUCCUCUACCUCCCCAAUGUCACUUACGAGGAUGCUGGGGAGUAUACGUGCUUGGCGGGCAAUUCUAUUGGGAUCUCCUAUCACACUGCUUGGUUGACGGUGCUUCCAGCCAGUAACGAAGAGACGGUGACGGGUCUGAUGUCACCUGACUACGUGGAGAUAGCCAUCUACUGCAUCGGGGUGUUCUUGAUCGCCUGUAUGGUGGUCAUCGUGGUGGUGUGCCGGAUGAGGAAUACGGCUAAGAAGCCUGACUUAGGGAAUCAGCCGGCGGUCCACAAACUCAGCAAGCAGAUACCUCUGCGCCGCCAGGUAACAGUGUCAAAUGACUCCAGCUCCUCGAUGAACUCCAGCACCCCAUUGGUCCGCAUCACCACGCGACGCAGCUCGGCAGGCCACGACGACCCCAUCCCAGAGUAUGACCUCCCCGAAGACCCACGCUGGGAGUUCUCCAGAGACAGGUUGACUCUGGGCAAGCCGCUGGGCGAGGGCUGCUUUGGCCAGGUGGUGAUGGCUGAAGCGCUAGGCAUCGAUAAGGACAAGCCCAAGGAGGCCAUCACAGUGGCCGUGAAGAUGCUGAAAGGUACAUACGAUGCUACAGAGAAAGACCUGUCUGACCUGGUGUCAGAGAUGGAGAUGAUGAAGAUGAUUGGGAAACACAAGAACAUCAUCAACCUACUAGGGGCCUGUACACAACAAGGCCCUCUGUAUGUGAUAGUGGAGUAUGCCUCUAAAGGGAACCUGAGGGAGUACCUACGCACUCGCAGGCCCCCUGGCAUGGAGUACUCCUACGAUAUUAACCGCUGCUCAGACGAACAGCUCGCCUUCAAGGACCUGGUCUCCUGUACCUACCAGGUGGCACGGGGCAUGGAAUAUCUGGCCUCACAGAAGUGUAUACAUAGAGAUCUAGCAGCGAGGAACGUCCUGGUCACAGAGAGCAACUUCAUGAAGAUUGCAGACUUUGGCCUGGCCAGGGAUGUCCACAACAUUGAUUACUAUAAAAAGACAACUAACGGUCGUCUCCCGGUGAAGUGGAUGGCUCCUGAGGCGCUCUUCGACCGUGUGUACACUCACCAGAGCGAUGUCUGGUCAUUUGGGGUGCUAAUGUGGGAGAUCUUCACCCUGGGGGGUUCUCCGUACCCCGGCAUCCCCGUAGAGGAGCUCUUCAAGCUGCUGAAAGAGGGCCAUCGCAUGGACAAGCCUGGCAACUGCACCAACGAGCUGUACAUGAUGAUGAAAGACUGUUGGCAUGCCAUUUCCUCCCAUCGGCCCACCUUCAAGCAGCUGGUGGAGGAUCUAGACCGCAUCCUCACCCUGGUCACCAAUGAGGAGUAUCUGGACCUGUGUGCCCCAGCGGAGCAGUAUUCUCCCAGCUUCCAGGACACACGCAGUUCCUGUUCCUCCGGUGAUGACUCCGUGUUCUCCCAUGACCCCUUACCAGAGGAGCCCUGCCUCCCAAAGUACCAGCACAUCAAUGGGGGCGUCAAAACAUGAGGCCUCCCCUCCCCUCCUCAAUCCCCCCAUCCAGCCUGACCUGCCCCUCACCCUUACAAC